AUGGCGGCGGGCCCCGGCGGCGGCGGCGGAGGGGCGGCGGCAGCGGCGGGAGGGCCGGGCUGGCGGUUGCCGGGGCGUGUGCUGGAGCUAGUGUUCUCGUACCUGGAGCUGCGCGAGCUGAGGAGCUGCGCGCUGGUCUGUAAGCUGUGGCACCGCGUUCUGCACGGCGACGAGAACAGCGAGGUGUGGCGCAGCUUGGCGGCCCGCUGCCUGGCGGAGGAGGCCCUGCGCACCGACAUCCUCUGCAAUGUGCCCACCUACAAGGGCAAGGUCCGUGCCUUCCACCACGCCUUCAGCACCAACGACUGCUCACGGAAUGUCUACAUCAAGAAGAACGGCUUCACGCUGCACCGCAACCCCAUCGCCCAGAGCACGGAUGGGGCGCGGACCAAGAUCGGCUUCAGUGAGGGCCGCCACGCCUGGGAGGUGUGGUGGGAAGGCCCACUGGGCACCGUGGCCGUCAUUGGCAUCGCCACGAAGCGGGCAGCCAUGCAGUGCCAGGGUUACGUGGCCCUGCUGGGGAGCGAUGACCAGAGUUGGGGCUGGAACCUGGUGGACAAUAACUUGCUGCAUAACGGAGAGGUGAACGGCAGUUUCCCCCAGUGCAAUAACGCGCCCAAAUACCAGAUAGGUGAAAGGAUCCGAGUUAUCCUGGACAUGGAAGACAAAACAUUAGCGUUUGAGAGGGGCUAUGAGUUCUUGGGAGUAGCCUUCAGAGGACUGCCAAAAGUUUGUUUGUAUCCAGCAGUGUCUGCUGUGUAUGGUAACACAGAAGUGACUUUGGUCUACCUGGGAAAACCUCUGGAUGGAUGACAUGGAUUGUUUUGUUGGGACAUUGAGAUGUGGAUGAAUGGGAGGAGAAAUCUGCAUGUUGGUUAGAGGGAAACAUGUAUUAAAGGAAAACCAAAAAAGUGUGGGUGUGUGUCCAAGAACCAUCGAGGGGAUCACAUGGAGUUUUGAAAUGGAGGACCAGCCAUACUUCAGGAAUUGUGUUCCAUUUCCUCUUUCUACCAGGCCAGAAAAAUCCUCAGGGUUGCAGUUGGUUUAGUGGGAAGCUCACACAUUCAUUUUGCAACAGAUUUCAUUGCUAAGAUGGCAGUGUGUGACCUUAUGUAUUUAAGAAAGGAUUUGAUACAAAACUGCUUGAGGAAAUUAACCUGAGAUUUGUAAGUAGCGUGUUUUGUGAAAGACUCCCAUUUUAAAACUGCUUGUUCCUUCCCUCCCCCCCUCCUCCUUUGGGCCAGUGUGGGUACUAGAGGACAGCAAGUCUGGUUGGGUUUUAUUUACAGUUUUUAACAUACUGAGAAGCAUGGUCUGUCAGGACUGUCCUUCUCUAGUAUAAUGAUACAAAAUGUGUGCAGCUAUUUUUAAGUGUAUUUUAAGGGUUGUAUAUAUAGAACACAUUGAAAAGAACAGUUAAAAGAAAGGGUUUGUUUUGUUCUAACUGGGACAUAAUUUCUUAAAGGGACCCCCCCACUAUGUGGCAUCAGAAAAUAUACCUUGGACAGGUAUAUAACAUUCAUGUAAGUGUAUUUCUUUUGUUAUAUUGUAAAGCAUUUUGAGAUGCUCUUGUGGAGUACCGUGCUACAUUGGGUCAUUUUCCAUGUCAGUUUCCACAGCUUUAGCAACAGUUUUGUUCUCUGUAGAAAACACAAAGUGUUUUCUCCACUAGUUUCCUUUUGCCAAAAUUUGCAGUCCCCUUUAGGAAAAGAAGCCACAACACAACGCUGAGCUUGUCAUCCUUUCACAUCAAUAUUAACUUCUUGAAAGCAUUGUUAUGCUUUGUAAUCACUGUUGUGAAAUGUUUCAAAACAAUGAGUAAGGAGCAGUUUCUGAAUCCAGACCUGUUUUCAGCUUAAAUGGCUUUAUAAGGCUUUUCACUUUGGCAGAACUUUUAUUGAAUUAAAUAAAAUCCCCCAGUACCCAAGUAUUUACCUGCCCAUUUUCAGUCAGGACGAGUAGACCUCUCACCAACCCUCUGAUAGGGAUUCUGGGUCAGGUUCAGUGUUUGGACUUUUCACUUGCACUGGUUUUCUAACAACCAUUUACAAACCCCUCUCUGUGUUGGUAUAUGCAGGUUGGGGUGGCUGUGAAGCUGAGAGGUGCAGUAUGAAAGGAAUUCCUGGUGCCAUCACUCUCCUCUGAGUUUGAAAGGUCUGGCUGGCUCGUGAUUCUUGUUGGUGUUUCCCAGAGCUGUCUGAACUAUCUCCGAGUUGGGCAUGCUUUUUAGAGAGGGAGAAGGAAAUGUUUAUGCAACCUUUUCUUGCUUUAUUUGUGCAGGAGAAUGUGAAUUGCCUUAUAGCAGACACUGGCAAUUCUCUGAGCAUGGAAGGGGAAUUCCUCUUAGGCUGUUGCUUGUUCACCCCUGCCUUCCCCCUGCCAUUACUCCGGUCAUGUGAAGAGAGUGGUGGAAGCAGAGGAGUGAGGCUUCCAUUCUACUCCUGAUGAGCUAUCCUUGAAGUGCUUUUUACCCUGGUAGAUAACCAAGUUCUGCACUGGAAUAGACAAUGUAUGUCAUUCCAUUUGAAAGGGUUUAAAAGUAUUUAUUUGUUUCUUGUGUUAUUGCUUAAAGGCAAUAUCAGGGUCUGUUCCUUUUGGCUGUGUUAAAGAAACAAAAUAUGCAGUGAGAAAUGAUGUUUGAAGUGGUGCUGAGAACAACCGAAUAAAUGAUGUGGCACAGGCAUAUGAGUACCUUUUGGGCAAAUCCAUUACAAACAUUGAUUGUAUUGGACUGUAAAGCAGGUACCUGCAUAACAGACUCCUGGGGCACAAAGUAGGUGAAAAAAGGAAACAGAGGCCUGUCCAUUUUCAGAAAAUAAAGUUGUCCCUCAGAUGAAUGUAUUGUCAUUGCAGUCCUGAAAGAUGCAACCUCUGUGCUUGUUCAUGAGUCCAACUAGAUGCAAGUAAAACCCCCAAGAACUUCUGAGGAGUUUUAUUCACAAAUUAAGAUUGACUUCCAUUCUUCAGACUGCAUCUUGCCCUAUAAAUAACUUCCCUCUAAAUUAGAAAUGCUUAACGUUGAACAUUCCCUUAAGGGUGGGUUUGGGGGGACUCACUUAAGUAAGAUCAUAACUUAUUCCUGGAGACCAAUGCUGGCUGUACAAAACAUCAAAAUAAACUCUGCUAUAAUUCAGAA